AUGCCCAGGCACGUAGGAACAAGGAAUGAACGCAAGCCUGAGUCAACCGCCUUCCCUGUUGACAUCACAACAACAUCCUUUGAGAGCGGCGACCAUCGCCGGCGACUAACGACGAGGUCAUUCCCAUGCUGCACUCGACAUGAACGCACGGCAGGUGACAGACGCUUUGAAGCGUCGCUACCCCUGCCCCGAGCCGAGUUCUAUGGCCAAGACGCCUCGUACGAGAACGUGGAAGCUGCAUACCUCGACUCUGAUCUGAAUGAGACAACUCUCAACGGAGUGAUUCCUCAAGAGUUGAACGACGGCGUCCUCUUCCCUCGCCCAACGCUGCUCCAGCUUCACUCGAUCACCGAGAUUGGCGCGAGUGCGUUCGCGCUGAACACAGCCCGAGAGCAGCGCCGCGAGGUGCUAUCUGGUGCGACUCGCAUUCGCGGCAUUGACGACGACGACGAGGAUGACAUCGACGACAGCAAGCUGCCCGCGUACCCCCGCAGCAUGCUUAGCGUCGAGGUCAGCGAUGGGCGCAGCACGAUCCGCGCGAUCGAGUAUAGGAAACUGCCCGAGUUGGCGCUCGGUGAGACGCGACUGGGUCUCAAGAUUCGCGCGGCGAUGGAGAACCCCGACCCGCAGGAGGAGCGGGCCCGACCGGCCCCAGUGACUCAGAUUACUGGUGCCCCUUCAUCAGCGACAGGGGGCCCAAGCUCCGGCUCAUUCGCGAACCCGACCGUUAUUAGCGAUGACGAGGACGAGUUUGACGACUUUGAUGACAGCUUUAUCCGUGCAAUAGACGAGGUCGAGGCUGCCGGUAUGGGUGCGGCGGCGAGCAUUCCACGUAUGCGGUCGCAACCAACUCAACGCUCGAGCGGGAGGAGCACUAUCCCCGCCGACGCCGAGAUCAUAGAGCUUUCCGAUUCUGACUAG